AGGGAUGAAUUGAGACCGCUACAGUCGUCAGAUGCGAUGAAUUUGCCAAUCCAAGUAGACACCAGAAUUAGCUUCCUCGCAGCGCGUUCACUGACUGCAGUUUCGCAUUAUUUGGCAUGUUAGAGCACAGCGCGAAGUGUCGUUCGUGCGUAUUUUUGGACGUCGCGCGCCUUUUCGCGUCCGUCGGAUUAUGUACGUGCGAAAAAAGUAGUAAGGCUUCAACUCGGAGGAAGGAAAUAGAGUGAUAUUCGAGCGCAUUAAAUUUUGUAUCAUUUUUCAUUCCCGCAUUGUUCAACUGUGCGAACGAUUACGGGGUGAAUGACGGGUCCCAGGUCCCGUGAUGGAUAAUUCUAACUGGGAUGCAGCCUUAUCAAAGCUCCUCAUUUCCCUGGAAGACAAUAAGACUGAACUUCCAAGCUGUAACGAGGAAGAAUUAAAUUUUCUCAGCGAUUUACUAAAGUCAAAGGAGCUUAACGCGUUGGUUAACAUUCACAACAAGAUAAUAAACAACACCAAUGAUGAAAAAUUCUUUCCUAUAUUGUCCAACUCCAUGGAUGUCGACGUCGAUGUUUUGGAUGUACUUGCGUCAAAGACACAUGUAUCCGAAGAUUGCAAGGAACUGUUUCAUUUGUUACAGAAGCCUCACAUGCAGGCUCUGCUAUGCACUCACGACGCAGUUGCGCAAAAGGAUUACUACCCAAAAAUUCCUGAACUACCGUUAGAAGUCGACGAAGAUGAUGAAAUCAUAAAAAUUGUGGAGCUAAUCAAGUCCGACGAGCCUUUGUGCGGUCCUGGUGUUGAACCGAUUGUGGGGGCAACGAUAAAGACCUGCGAAGGAACAGACAAGAUAAUUUUCGCACGAAUUAUGCUGGGCGGCCCGGCGGACAGAUCUGGGGCUAUUCAUGUCGGCGACGAGGUUCUUGAGGUGAAUGGUAUCAGCGUCGAAGGAAAGACACCGGCUUGUGUGCUGAAAAUUCUGGACGAUUUUGAGGGCACGGUAACAUUCAAGCUUGUACCAGCGAGUAGCAAGUGCGGCGUCAGAGAAAGCAAGGUUCGUGUUCGAGCACAUUUUUCGUACACUGCCGCGGACGAUCCUUACAUACCUUGCAAAGAAGCAGGAUUAGAUUUUGUCAAAGGGGAUAUACUUCACAUCGUUACUCAGGACGAUUCUCACUGGUGGCAGGCGCGACGUGAAGGCGAUCGAAAUAUGAGAGCUGGUCUCAUUCCAAGCAGAGCCCUUCAGGAGCGAAAUAUCGUCUUAGAGCGACAACUCAAGGAAAAGAGCGAUGAAUCUGACAAUAUAAGCCUGUGUUCUGUUCCAGUGGCUUUGCCUGCCCUGUGUCCCCGUCCCCAGACCUCUUCGCUCGUCUUGCCCACAAAGUGCAACUUGCAGGGUCCUAAGACUAAAAAAAUCAUGUAUGACGUGGCAGAGAAUGACGACUUUGAUCGUGAGGAGAUUCCGACUUAUGAGGAGGUUGCCAAACUCUAUCCAAGACCCGGAUUCUUCAGACCUGUCGUCCUUGUUGGGCCUCCUGGGGUUGGCAGAAACGAGCUCAAGCGGAGACUGGUUGCCACCGAUCCGGAUAAGUACAAGACUCCGAUUCCUUAUACUUCAAGACCGCCAAGACCUGGGGAGUUGAACGGCAAAGAUUACUUCUUUGUGUCGCAUGAAAACAUGAAGGAAGACAUAGACUCUGGAAAGUUUAUAGAGUACGGUGAAUACAAAGGAAAUCUUUACGGCACAAGCCGCGAGAGUGUAGAGUCGCUAGUAAACGCUGGAUAUGUCUGUGUGCUUAGUCCGCAUUAUCAGGCUUUAAAGAUGCUGCGAAAUCCGCAGCUCAAACCGUUUGUCGUAUAUGUGAAACCGCCGAGAUUUGAAAUACUGAAGGAAACUAGAAACGAGGCAAGAGCGAGAUCGACAUUCGACGAGAAGAACUCCAGAGGUUUUACGGAUGACGAGUUUCACGAGAUGAUACACAGCGGAGAACGAAUAGAGUUCCAUUACUCCCAUCACUUUGACGAAACAAUUAUCAACGCAGAUCUAUCGAUGGCUUUUGAAGAACUAGUCAGCGCCAUUUCGAGAUUAGAAACCGUACCCUUGUGGGUUCCAGCUUCCUGGGUUCAGUGAGAAUUAUUGUCUCAAAUAGCCUAUUUUGUAUAAAUUCAAGAGCUUGAUACUGAGAGAUAGAAUUGAAAGUCCACGGUGUAUUUAAGUUUGUUUAAAAUUUGAAAAAAAGAACGAAUGAACGACGCCCUGCAGACCGUCGAAAAGUUGGAGGGAAUAGUUUUUGUCGAAAAACUUUUACCCUACCACCGCCGACUCUGACUGAACUUCGUCAAUAAAUAAAAAAGAGAGAUACGAUUUUCUUAAAAAAAAAAUGCAUUGUGUUUUCGCAAGAGACACGCAUGCUGGCGUCUAAAAUUUUAUUCUAAAAUUUUUCAUUAUUUCAAAUAAUGAGUAACUGCCUGUGUCGAUUACCACUGAUAGGAAUCGACGUGUUCAAUCUUCUACAGUAAUGAGUUAGAUCGUUAAUUAAUAAGAAUCCAACGCCAACAUUUGGAAUA